UUAUCACAGGUAUAGCUGCAAGAGACAUAAAUCAGCUCCUUCAUCAAGACAUCAGUCCCAUAAACAGAACAAAGCUGCGUGAUAAUUAAGUAAAGGACAUGGGACAAAAAAAAUCCCCCAUGGAAAAAAUUUAAAGUGUCGCCAUCACAGGGAAUAAAACAAACAAACAAAAAAACCCUCGCAGCACAUUACCCCCUUUCUCAGCCUUCAGUAGAAAAGGGUGCAUUUACCGUAGAAGCGGGACCGCGGCGCCCACUCUCUCCCCUGCCCUGCCUCUGUGGGGGCGCAGCUCGAUGGCUGCGCUGCAGCGCGGCAGGCCGGCGGAGCGCGGGGGGAACGCGGCUCUCCCAGCCCCGCCGCCGCCAUAGGCCGGGUUUUGCUGCAGCUCCGCGGCCGCUGGGGUCCCGCUCCCUAUCGGCACCGAGAGUCCCGCGGGCAGGGCCGGGCAGCCGGGCCGAGCACGGCGGGCACGGGAUGACCCCGCCCGGGGUCCGCUCCCGGGCCCCACCCGGGUUUGGCCUCUCAGGAGCGGGGCCGGCCCCGAUGGGAGCAAAAGCACGCAAGACCCGGCCGCGGGGGGAAGGGCGCGCAACGAGCCCGCCCCGGCGAGGGCGCGGCGCAGUCUUCAACCAGGUCGGACCGCCGGCAAUAUAGGGAGGCGCGCCAGAGCUGUUGAAGCAUUGUGCUGCUUGUUGCGAAAGCGACGGUAUGUCUGGUCGGGGCAAGGGUGGCAAGGGGCUCGGCAAGGGCGGCGCCAAGCGCCACCGCAAAGUGUUGCGCGACAACAUCCAGGGCAUCACCAAGCCGGCCAUUCGCCGUCUGGCUCGGCGCGGCGGCGUCAAGCGCAUCUCGGGGCUCAUCUACGAGGAGACGCGCGGCGUGCUCAAGGUGUUCCUGGAGAACGUGAUCCGCGACGCCGUCACCUACACGGAGCACGCCAAGAGGAAGACGGUUACGGCCAUGGACGUGGUCUACGCGCUCAAGCGCCAGGGUCGCACCCUCUACGGCUUCGGCGGCUAAAUACUUUAAAACUGACGUUGUUUUGUAUUACAAAGGCUCUUUUCAGAGCCACCUACAAGUUUCAUGAUAAGAGUUGUUUGUCACUGAUUUGUGUGUCCAUUUGCUGAUUAGGAUUUUAAAAGACGUAAAAGUAGUCACAAACGUUGAAGUGUUUAAAAGGGUGAAGCCGUAACCGGGAAUUGUAAAUGCUCUAGUAACUAUCUACCCCGUGUAUUUUGCACUGAUUUUUCUCAUUAGAUCCAGGAGUCUUGAAUGCAGCUAAGAUUGUGUAAAUGGCAGUUCAGAGCUCUGUCGGUUACAGGACGGAAGUGUCUGAAAUUACGUCGAUACUUUUUACUCCAAUAAGAAUUAAACUUCUAUAAUCCUCUAA